AUUUUGGACUUUUUCAUGGAACAUGCAAUUGGUGUGGCUGAUGGUGUUGGUGGUUGGGCAGAUAGUGGUGUUAAUGCUGGAUUUUACUCUCGUGAACUCAUGUCCCAUUCGGUAGAUGCUAUUCAGGAGGAGCCUAAAGGUUCAAUUGACCCUGCUAGGGUGCUGGAGAAAGCACACUCAAUUACAAAAGCUAUGGGUUCCUCUACAGCAUGCAUCAUCGCACUUACUGACCAGUUAAAUGGAUAUGUACUAUGCCAAGAAUAUGCCACUGGAGAUUUUGCCCAGAUAUAAUUAUCAUGGUAUGUACAAGGAACAAGCUACUAGGAUUUGGAAAAAAAUAUAUCCAAGUCAAUUGAUAAAACUUGAAACAAAUAUAUUUAGCUUUUUUAUUUUGAGUCCAUGUAUUUCGUUUAGAGGUUUAGAGGUCUUAUUUAAUU